AACUGAAAGGAACAAAGUAGCUGCACAGUUUUAACGGUCUUUUAUGCUGCUGAAAGUCGAGUAAAGUCUUGAUACAACAGACAUGGCCUCUCCUGCAAGUCUAAUAGCCGAGGUGAAUUUUCAUUGCUCCAUCUGUCUGAGUGUGUUCAGUAAACCGGUGUCGACUCCCUGUGGGCACAAUUUCUGUUUUGAUUGUAUCACAGGCUACUGGGACACCUCAAACCCAUUAAUAUCAUGUCCGCUGUGCAAAGAGGAGUUUAACAUCAGGCCAAAGCUUGGGGUUAAUCAUUUCAUCGCCGAAAUGGCAGCAAAGUUCAAGAAAUCAGUUCAAGAAAAGUCUCUUAAUAUCACAGAAGAAUCAGGAAAUGGAAAUGUGCUCUGCACCCUUUGCACCGGGGCGAGGCGCCCGGCCCUGCAGUCCUGCUUAGUGUGCAUGAUGUCCUAUUGUCAGAUACAUCUCGAGCCUCAUCAGAAACUUUUGGCUUUAAAAAAGCACAAGCUCAUUCACCCGGUUGAAAACCUGGAGAGCAGGAUCUGCAAAGAUCACGGUGAACCUUUAGAUUUGUUCUGCAGCGUGGAUCAAAUGUUUCUCUGUGACUCCUGCAAAGACAGGGACCAUAAACAGCAUAAGAUAGUGACUCUAGAGGAGGAGGCUCUAAUGAGGAAAGACCAGCUGGACUCAGAAAAAAAAGACGCGAAUAAGAUGAUCGAUGAACGUCAGCAGAAAAUUCGGGAAAUUGAACGCUCGCUGGAGGCUAACAACAAUAAUGCAGCGCAGGCACUGUCAUGCAGCGGAGAUGUGAUGACUGCGAUGGUGGAGUACAUUAAAAGAGGCCAAGCUGAGCUGGCGGAUGUAAUUGAGACAAAGCAGGAAAGAAAGCAAGCAGAGGCAGACGGCUUAAUUAAUGAACUGAAGGGUGAAAUUAUGCAAAUAACCCAGAAAAGCCAGCAGCUUGACAGCAUUUCGGUCACAGACGACCCCUUCAGAUUCCUGGAAAGUUACCUUUCACUUACCAUCAUUCCACCUCGAGUAAAGGACUGGUCUGACGUGAGUCUCAGCUGUGACCCGUUUAAAAUGCAGGAAGUUAUGGCCUCGCUGGAGGCAACGGUCACAAGAGAAAUAAGAAUGCUCUGUGAUCCCAACUUUAAAGAAGUCAGGCGGCACGCUGUGGAGCUGACGCUGGAUCCUGACACAGCAAACUCUUAUCUCUAUAUUUCUGAAGACGGGAAGCAAGUCGCGUGGGGAACCCAGAGGAGGCGCGUCCCAAACAAACCAGAGAGGUUUGAUUGUGUUUACAAUGUUUUGGCAAGAGAAGGUUUCGCCUCAGGAAGAUUUUACUAUGAGGUUCAAGUAAAAGACAAAACCCAGUGGGACUUGGGAGUUGCAAAGCAAUCCAUCAACAGGAGGGGGGAUAUAAGACUGAGUCCAAAGAAUGGAUACUGGACAAUUCGGCUGAGAAGGGGAGAUGAGUUCACAGUUAACACAGACCCUCCUGUGAAUCUUCAUGUGACGGAGGUACCUGAAAAGAUCGGGGUGUUUGUUGAUUAUGAGGAUGGUCAGGUUUCCUUUUAUGAUGUGGACACGAGGGCUGGCAUCUUCUCCUUUACUGGAUGUAACUUCACAGAGAAGAUCUUUCCCUUCUUCAGUCCGUGUGCCUCUAAUGGGGGUAAAGACUCCGCCCCGCUGAUCAUCACUCCUGUCAGAAACAACAAGUGAGGUUUGAAGGGGUUGACGUGGUGAGUUGGACUUGGCGAGUGAUUCCAACACGAUUCCCCCUCUAAAACUGCAGCCUGUCAUUUUGUUUCUUCCCUCCAUCAUUGUCAGCGCUGUGUGUCGUAAUGUGUUACCUGGAAGACAACUUCAUGUCUAUGCCGUCCCUGAGACGUUCACUAUCUGCUGCCCUCUGUGCAAAAGUGAUGCUCUGAAGCAUUACAUGUUUCAGGGUUAAAUAAAUGGUCUUUAGAAUAGAAUAGAAUAGAAUAGAAUAGAAUAAUCCUUUAA